UUUAGAAUACAAUCUCAAGUUCUUAACUAAUUGAAAUUUGCAAAUUGCUUCAAAUUGGAUAAAAAAAAAGCCAUGCCAGAUGUUAAGUCAACAAUUCAGCAUCUCAUUACACACUGAGUAUGAUAUGUUACCAAGUUUUGAUAUUGAAGAAGAGAAAGAUGAGGGCGAGGGACCUGGGAACAACAUCAACCCCAUGAUCAAACAAGCCUGGUCUGAGGUAUAUAAGAAGAAAGAUGAACCCAAGAAGGAAGAUAAUGACAACGAAAAUUAUGUUGACAAAGACAAAUUGAAAUUGAAGAAGAAAAAGAAAAUUAUGUGGUCUGAGGAACUAAAUGAUGUAUGAAUUUUUCUUACCCUGUUUUGUGAUGGAUGCUAUUUUGCUUAUGUAGAUUCUAACAGUCUUCUCUCUCUCAAAAAAAAAAAAAAAAAAA